CAAAAAUUGGGAAAAAGAAAUUUGCCAAAGCCCUGAACCAAAUUAUUGUUCAUUACCUCGUUAGUUAGACCUCCACAAACUGUAUUCAUUAGCAGUUUUGCAACUGAAACGCCCUCCGCGGCGGCUACUGAGUCAUCGAAACAAGACCAAACCCAAGAGCUAUAGCUUCAAAGCUUACUGAGUCGACACUGUAACUCAACAAACCCAGAGGUAAGACAUUUAAUCAAACAAUUGGUGUUCAUUUCUGUUCACCUUAAACUUAGCCUUCCUUGUACUUCGUUAUUAAAAAUAAGCAUGACCCAUUUUCAGAAACUUAGAAAUAUAUCUAAUUUCAAAUGGGGUUCUUCAAUUUUUAGUGGAACCCCAACUGGAUCAUUUUACAUUGCCCAAACCGCUAGGCUUUAUAGGACAAAAAAAAUUGUUAAAAUUGAAAAUGGAGGAAGCGUUAAUGAAGAUCUUAGAAAAUUGCCUGUUUCUACUAUAAGAGAAGCUCAAGCCGCAUUAUUGGAAUAUUUGCAUUCCACUAGGAAUUUACAGUUCCUGGAUGCUGAGAUUAUGAGCAAAAACUCACCUUAUUUUCUCCAAAAGAUUUUAAAGAGGGUUGAAAAUGAGGCAGAUAUUCAGCGGUCUAUCACACGGUUUUUGCGGUAUCAUCCUAUUAAUGAAUUUGAACCUUUCUUUGAGAGUUUGGGAUUCACACCUAGCGAGUAUAGUCCUUUUCUUCCUCGUGAUUUGAUGUUUUUGAGUGAUGACGAGUUGUUGCUAGAGAACUAUCAUGUUUUGCGUAGUUAUGGUAUUGCACAGAAUAAUAUAGGGAAGAUUUAUAAGGCGGCUAUAGAAGUUUUUCGAAAUAAUUAUGGAGUUUUGUCAUCAAAACUUCAAGCUUAUGAGAGACUGGGGCUUAGCAAAUCUGUUAUAAGGAAGUUUAUUGUCUUAGUUCCUUGUCUUUUGAAUGGAGAUGUGAAUGAGGAGUUUGUUAAGGUCUUAGAAACGCUAAAAAGCGUGGGAAUUGAAUUAUCUUGGGUUGAGAAACAUUUGUUAGAGAAAAAUUCUUGUAAUUGGCGCAUGAUGCUUAGUUUUCUAAGAUUACUUAGAGAGAUUGGUUGCAGUGAGGAGCAGUUAGGUAGAAUAAUCCAGGAGCAUCCAGAACUUCUCUUGGAGGGAUCUGUGGAUAGGGCACUUACACUAAUUGGUUCUCUACUAAAAUUUGGAUCCACGAAGAAUGAGAUAUGUUUGAUGUUUCAGCAGCUCCCACGUAUUCAAGUGGGGAAAUUUUAUUUGAAUUUAAGACAAUGUAUUGUGUUCCUGAAUGAGAUUGAGAUGCAGGCUAAGGAGAUUAUGAAUUUUGUUCGUACUCAUCCUGUGUUGCUUGGUUCAUGUUCGUUGAAGAAAACUAAUAGUUUACUUAGUGUCUUGAAUGUUGGAAAAGCCCGUCUUUGUAAGUACAUACUGGAUAACCCUCAAGAUAUAAAAAAUUGGGUCAUUGGGUCAAAAGUUGAGCCUUUAUCAAAUUCAGGAGAGAAGGAAAGAUCACAAAAGCUGAAGAUUGAAUUCUUGUUAAGCAUAGGAUUUGUAAAGAACUCAAAAGAAAUGGAAAAAGUGCAGAAGCUUAUUCGAGCCAAAGGAUGGGAGCUUCAAGAGAGAUUUGAUAAUCUCGCAGAAGCUGGUAUUGACCGAAAAGAUGUCUUUGAAAUGGUAAGAGCAUGCCCUCUAAUCCUUAAUCAGUCAAAGGAUGCCAUCAAAACAAAGAUAGAUUUUCUUGUGAAUGAUUUGGAUUAUCCUAUUGCAUCUUUAAUAUUAUCCCCGACAUAUCUUUUGUAUACAAUGCAGAGACUCAAGGUUAGAUUAUUAUUGUAUAACUGGCUUAAAGAUCAAGGAGUUGUAGAACCUAUGUUGAGCUUGAGUACCAUAAUUACAUGUACGGAUAAAGUAUUUGAAGACCGAUAUGUAAAUCUUCAUCCUAGAGGUCCUCAAGUUUGGCAGGAUCUGAAGAAACAAUAUUGUCCGAUAAAAUGACAUGAAGAUCUUGAUGUAGUUCUUCAAUUUGAUAGAUAUGGCAUUUCUGGUUAUGCAGGCAUUGUUAAUUGAAGCUGAUUGUCCUCAGUUUUUGUUGCAGAAGAAAUUUACAAAGCCAAGCAGACUUAUGAGAAUUGAAGCUGAUUGUCCUCAGUUUUUGUUCAUAUAUUCAUCAUUCUUUUUUGCAUUUGAGCUGCUUUGAGAAAUGUUCCAACCCAUCAUGUAUUAUAGGAAGCUUGACGAAAUUUCUAGCAGCAGUAUCAUCUUCAUAUCAAACUACCAAAUUGUGCUUUUACAUGCUACAUGAAAAAGUAAUGAAUUUCAUAGUGUUAGUUGUCUCUUCUA